AGGAAGUGAAACUCUCACAGUCUUUGUGUCUGAGAGGAGAAAUGGCGCAGAAAGGAGUUGAUCUGGAUCAAGAAACUCUCCGCUGUUCCAUCUGUCUGGAUCUGCUGAAGGAUCCGGUGACUAUUCCCUGUGGACACAGCUACUGCAUGAAGUGUAUUCAAGGAUUCUGGGAUGAAGAGGAUAAAACCCCCAGCUGUCCUCAGUGCAGGAAGACCUUCAUACCGAGACCUGUUCUGGUGAAAAGCACCUUGUUAGCAAAUAUAAUAGAGAAGCUGAGGAAGACUGGACUCCAAGCUGCUCCUGCUGAUCUCUGCUAUGCUGGACCUGAAGAUGUGGUCUGUGAUGUCUGCACUGGAAGAAAACUGAAAGCCAUCAAGUCCUGUUUGAUCUGUCUGGCCUCUUACUGUGAGAAACACCUUAAGCCUCAUUUGGAUGCAGCUGCAUUCAAGAAACACAAGCUGGUGGAACCCUCCAAGAACCUGCAGGAGAACAUCUGCUCCCAUCAUGAUGAGGUGAUGAAGAUGUUCUGUCGCACUGAUCAGAAGUGUAUCUGUUAUCUCUGCUCUGUGGAAGAACAUAGAGGCCACGACACAGUCUCAGCUGCAGCAGAAAGGACUGAGAGGCAGAGAGAGCUGGAGGAGAGUCAACAACAAAUCCAGCAGAGAAUCCAGGACAGAGAGAAGGAGGUGAAGCUGCUUCAACAGGAGGUGGAGGCCAUCAAUCACUCUGCUGAUCAAACAGUGAAGGACAGUGAGAAGAUCUUCACUGAGAUGAUCCGUCUCAUCCAGAAAAGAAUCUGUGAUGUGAAGAAACAGAUCAGAUCCCAGCGUCUAACUGAAGUGAGACGAGUCAAAGAUCUUCAGGAGGAGCUGGAGCAGGAGAUCACUGAGCUGAAGAGGAGAGACGCUGAGCUGAAGCAGCUCUCACUCACAGAGGAUCACAGCCAGUUUCUGCUCAACUACCCCUCACUGCCACCACUCAGUGAGUCCACACACUCAUCCAGCAUCAAUGUCCGUCCUCUGAGAUACUUUGAGGAUGUGACAGCAGCUGUGUCAGAGCUCAGAGACAAACUGCAGGACAUUCUGAGAGAGGAAUGGACAAACAUCUCACUGACAGUCACUCAUGUGGAUGUUUUACUGCCAGAACCAGAACCAAAGAGCAGAGCUGACUUCCUCAAAUAUUCAUGUCAAAUCACACUGGAUCCCAACACAGCAAACAGACAACUGUUACUGUCAGAGGAGAACAGAAAAGUGACAUUUAUGGAAAAACCUCAGUCUGAUUUUUAUUAUCCAGACACAUUUCUUUAUUUUUUUCAGGUUCUGAGUAGAGAGAGUCUGACUGGACGUUGUUACUGGGAGGUGGAGUGGAGAGGGGAAUAUGUUUGUGUAGCAGUUGCAUACAAGAACAUCAGCAGAUCUGGAGAUGAAAGUGAAUUUGGCUUUAGUGAUAAAUCUUGGUCAUUAGAUUGUUUUCAAGAUAGUUUCUCAUUUUACCACAACAGCAUAAAAACCUCCAUCUCAGCUCCUGUUUCCUCCAGAGUAGGAGUGUACCUGGAUCACAGAGCAGGUGUUCUGUCCUUCUACAGCGUCUCUGAAAGCAUGACUCUCCUCCACAGAGUCCAGACCACAUUCACUCAGACGCUCCAUGCUGGACUAAGGUUGGGUUUUGGUUGUGUUGGAGCCACAGCAGAGUUCUGUAAACUCAAAUAGUUCCUGAAAGAAGUGAAAUGUUUGUUUUGAGUGAUUUCUCUGCUUUAGAUCAUUUUGAACUAAACUUUUUAACCCUUGUGCUAUCUUAGAUGACCCCACCUUUACAUUGACGUGUUCUCCCUGCCAUGAUAAAGGUGGAUAAAGGUGGAAAGAUUUCAUGUAAUUCAUGGACACCAGUGAGGUACACAAAUCAUUGAAGAAAAAAGGUUCAGCGCACUGUCUAGUGGGUCUAGAUGACCCAACUCCCAACGUUAAAGUGCCUAGGAUAGCACAAGGGUUAACUGUUAAUAUUCUGUGGAGUAAUGUUUGUUGUCAGAAAUAUAGAGUGAAAUGAAAAAUCUCUAGAAUGUGGAUUUGAGACAUUUUUGAACAUAAAUCUCAAACGUUUGAGUAAAAUCUGUUUUCUUCCUGUUUCUUUGAACUUUGGGAUUUUACUGUUUGAAUUCAAAUUUCACACAAAUGUUUUGUUCAUGUUUUUGUGUUGUUGUAGAAAGAAGAACAUUUACAACUUGGUUUUCUUUCUAUUUGUUUCAUUUUACAAUUUUGGAUUGAAGAUUUGCGUUUUCACUUCUUUGUUUUUUCAGAGAAAAGUUGUUUCUGAUCAUUUGACAAUGAAAA